AGACUUCUAUAAGGUACCGUAUCAAUUAAAGGGGAAAAGAAAAGUUUAGUCAACCGGUUGAAAAGAAGAGGGGAAAAUGAGCACAAAUCUAUCUUCAAAGCCUGAAUUAUCACCGGAUCAUGAAGAAAUCUUCAUUGAGAAAUAUUUUGAGACCCUGAGUCAGUUGGCAUUCGACAAAGCAAAAGAACAAUUGGAUAAAGAAAAGGAGACGAGUCGAACAUCAAGCGGUACCAGCGGAGGGGGUAGUUGGACCACACUUCUCAAUGCCCUGACCUUUCUCAGUGCUGCGGAGAAGAGCUACACUUCGCUUACAUUUCUCGAGCUGAAAUGGUUUGCCAGAAAAGAGUCUACCAGGAAGGGUCUGUACACAGUAGCAAUGGGUGAACUGAGACGGAUUGAGGCCAAAUGUCAUGAGGUCGGGUCAUUGGAAGGUCAUGGGUCAUUGCCCUCCAGAGAUAGACUCCUUGCUCAUCUGUGUGAGCAGUUGAGUCAUUUCAUAGAGGCCAGACAGGAUUUGAUGAACAUAUAUGAGCGCUUGUGUACCCUGGGCAUACAGAAAAAUGAAGUGGACUUUGUUGAACUAAAAUGUGCUGUGGAAGACAUCCGAGAAAGGACCUCCAAACGGUUUCAUCACCCGGUCCUGGUCCCGAUCCGUAAUAGUUUUAGUGUAGAGCUUGAGCUUCUUUUCACCUUGAUGCAGAUUGAAUGUCACAUGAGUUCGUGGAGAUUCCUCCCUGCUCUACUCUGUCUGCAAGACCUACAUGCCAAGCUGGAUGCAUGGGGAGCUGCAUUCAAAGCUAAAGAUCCCAAGAAGAAGUUGUACUCCCUUGUUCAAGUGAAGAAUUCAGGCAUUCCUCCUCUGUUUGUUUGGUUGGUUAAGAUGCAAGGAUCUCUAAUAUCUAAGUUCAGCCUGUACUUCCACAGCACACUAAGCAAACAAGCACCACCGGGAGAGAUGAAAACACACCUCUCAAAUCUUCCCAUUGAUUAUUAUAACAAGAUAGUUGCCUUUCAGCGUAAGACAGACGCAUUCAACAUAUCCUUGGUUCUCAAUACCCAGGCAUCCGGUAUCAACUUCCAAGGCCUUGGGUAUCAUUUCCCGUCAGAAAUGACAGAGCCUCCCACCGGUAUGGAUAGCUACCCAGCCAUCUUCUCCUAUCCAAAUGAGCGACCCACAAACCUUUGGCCAAACAUCGUGAUGUUGAUAAUGACCAAACACGAGGCUGGUUCGUUAGACAGUAUAACAUACGAAUGUGACAAGAUAAGUAAACAGCCUCAAAUGAUGACUUAUUUCAUCGGCCAUGUGGACCGGAGAAUGAACCUUGUCGUUUUGUUUGAAAGCAAGAAAUCUGAAAGGGACUCGACCACCAAUAGCUUUAUUCAAGAGAUGUGUAGCCUUCUACGAGGGAGCAGGUUACUGGCAAGUCUUCGACCUGGUACUAAAAGCUGAGACUAGACUGGCUUGUUAUCGGUACAAUAUAUAUUAAAAGACUAGUCUUGGAUGAGGUCGUAAAUCGCAGAUGAAGGAGAGAGCUCAACCGUGCAAUGUAUAAAUACAAAAUUCACGGUCGCCGUGCAAUGGAAAAUUAAAUUUGCAUGCAGCACAAAAUAGAUCAAAUAUUGAAUGGCUUUCAACCAAUCAAA